AUGGACUCUUCGCAUAUCAAUGCUGUAAUGUUUCGCCAACUUCGUUCGCCACGUUUUGUCGAACCAGACGGUGCACAACCUCGUGGUCUCCAUCCAUAUACACCGCCACCAAUAUUGAGUCCUAUGCGUAACGGGUCUGGAUUGUUCUGGCAAAUCGCCAAGAAUCUUGGACAUCCUAGUCAGGCUGCUCCGUCUACAUGCAGCCGAGAUGCGCAGAAUGGUCAUGCUGCCUCAGAGGAUCAAGAAAUGAGCAUCGACUCACCCGGUCUGCGCAUCGUCGACGAGGGAGCAGGACCAAGCGAUGCCGGUGCUGCCGAAGUCAGUGCGACGUCUUCCACUGGGAAUGUGCACCCAGCACGGAAGAACGGUUUCAUUUGUAGCCAGGCCACAUUUGCUGAUGAACUCGAGGCUCUCCGCAAGAUCUCCUGGGCGUCAACGUCGUCAUCGACUAGAUCUGCUGAAGAAAUUCUUCGAAAGCAUUCAAUGGAUCCGGAUGAGUAUCUUCGCAAAGCAUCAUGUAUAUCUGAUUGUUACUAUGACCUUCCCAUCGACACCAGACCCAAAAUGAGCGAUGCCGUACCGCACAUCAACAUUGGUCGUGAAUAUCAGGCUCGAGUUCGAAAAUGGAAUGAUCGGAAGGUAAGCAUCAGAAGGGUUUUUCAAUUAGGUUAA